AUGGAGAUAUUCCACCACCUUGCUUCUUCUCUUCUAGACCCAUCCGAGAAUAAAGCCCGCUUCGUCGACCACUGCCACGCGCUGCACAGUCGCGUUCUCAAGCUUCCGUCGCGUUCUGGUGUAAACAAUUCCCACAGAUUUGUAGCUCUAGCUUUGUGCGUUUGCUCUCAUCUCUGUGGCGCUUCUAUCGAUUCUGCGUUUUGCGUUCUGCAAACAAUGGCCCCGAGUGAUCCUUCUGCAGAGGGGGCGUGCUCGCGCGAGCAGUUGGCGCAAGUGUGCAAGACGGAAUGGCUGCCGGCUGUGAAUGAGCUCAACUUGAAAAAAUUCUGCAAUGAUGGCGAAGGCGCAAAAUUACGUCGUCUUUUUCAUGAUUAUUACAUCGCCUUCGUCCCCAGCAUCCUGUUUUCACAUUCGAGGGCUGCCCUCUUGCUCGACCUCGUCCGCGAGAAUGGCGGAGAAGGAAAGGUUUUUGCCGCUUCAGAAAUGGGUUUUAGAGAGGCAAGUACGUUGAUAAGGGAGAAGACGUCUCCCUUUUGCAAUGCCAUCGUUUGUGCGGAUGUUAACCUUAUUUGUAAGUAUUCCACGUCUUAUCAACUAGAUGCAAGGCCUCCGAAAUGGCUUCGUGAUAGCUUGAGAGAUUGUAGAAUCAAACACCCGAGCCUCUAUGUGAAGAAAUAUGAAGAAAAGAAUUGCUCCCCAGCUAAGCGAAAACCUCACGAGGCCAACAUCAGCUGCAUACACUUGCCGAGCCCUACGAAACGUCCGCGUUCCACGGUUGCAAAAGUUUUGACAGCUGAAAUGGUCAAGCCAGCGAAAGAUCACAAUCCUUCUUUCAGAUCACCAAGAGAAAAAGAGGGAGCCGAGGCAGAUGAGUUUCGUGGGCAGGCGUCAUCGCCUCUCUCGUCCAGACGUGGAGAGAGAGAUUCUAAGCUCGAGCAACCCAGCGCAAAGCCAUUGAGCUGGGCAUGUGAAAUUAGGACAUCCUUUUCCGGCGGCGAUUUUCCCAUGAACGAGAAAAUAUGUGAAUUGCUGGGCGUUGUUCAAGAAUCUUGUCUAAUGAAGAAAGACCAGUUUCGAGCUACUGGCUACCAAAGGGCCAUUGCUAGAAUCAGGGCUCUUCGUCAAGACAUCACAACAGUUGAUGAUGUCGCUGUCCUAACAAGCGGGAAGGGAAUUGGAACCAAGCUGGAGAGAAAGAUCAUUGAAAUUGUGAAAACAGGGAGACUUCUUCAGGCUGAAAAUGUUUUAGAGAACGCAGAGGGUACUGCUGUCAGGCAGCUUUGCAACGUGUGGGGCAUUGGCCCCGUCAAAGCCUUACAUCUUAUAGCUCAGGGGAUCAAAAGUGUUACUCAGUUACGAGAUGCGGUAAGGCACGAUUCUCAGAUUCUCGACCGGAAUCAAAAGAUUGGCCUUCGUCACUACGAAGACUUGCUACUACGUAUUCCGAGAAGGCAUGUGGCUGAACUGGAGAAGUUUGUUCGUAUGGUAGUCAAAUCUGUGGACCAGUCCUUGGACAUUACUGUCGCGGGCAGCUAUCUCAGAGGCAAAAAAGAUUGCGGGGACGUUGACAUCCUUAUUUGCGGGUCGAGUGAGCAACUAAGAUUCGGGUUUGUCAAAGUAGUCAAAGAAAUGAGAAAGAAGGGCGUACUCACUGACGAUUUGACUAUUGGGCAAGGGAAAUAUUUUGGGAUUUUCCGCUUCCCUGGACGACCCCAUGCAAGAGUAGACUUGUUUGCAGUGCCACAUGAAGAAUACCCUUUUGCCCUUCUGACCUACACUGGCAGUGCCAUUUUCAAUAGGUACGUUAAUUCAAAAGUCGAUCCAAAUUGUGAAUCGGUCGACGGGAACUGUAAUCGCCAUCCAAUCUUUGGCGACACUAACACUUGCCUCUUGGUGGCUAUUUACGAAGGUCGAUGA